CUUUCAUCCAGUGAUCUAAAUAUUGAUGCAUUGAUUACCUGAUUAUAACGAUGAUAGCUAUUUAAAUAAUGAUACUAAAAUAACGUUUAUUGCCGAUAACUUAAUCAUUAAUAAUCCAUCAAACUUGAACGACAAACGUGUGCAUCAUCAUAUUCAGUUACUUCCUGUCGGGAUGUUGUGAGCUGUGAUUAUUUAUGCUGCUGCAAAAUAUGACCAACACUCUCUGAUUAAGGUAGAAUUAUACCCAACGUUAUAAAUACAGUGAGUACAAUGAGAGUCCCUGACCAGACACAACCCACCACCAUGCACGAGGGCCUUCCAUCAGACGCAGUGGGCAGACGUGUGGCUUGUGACGGGGAGCGUGGCACGGUGCGGUUUGUUGGCACUGUACCGCCAACUGCAGGGUUGUGGCUUGGUGUGGAGUGGGACAACCCUGAUCGAGGCAAACACGAUGGCAGCCAUGAAGGUGUCCACUACUUCACUUGCAGGCACCCGAAGGGAGGCUCUUUCGUCCGGCCCAAGAAGGCCAGCUUCGGGGUGGACUACCUGACGGCCAUCAGGCGGCGUUACGAGAUGGAGGUCCAGCAGGUCUUGGGAGAGGAGAUCCAGAUCUCCACGAGGACGGUGGAGAUGGUGGGCUUCGAGGCCAUCACAGAGAAACAGAAGGUGGAAAACCUGACCGAUGUUGCACUGAGGUUGUGCGAGGUUUCCAGCCCAGGCCCUGCAAAUGAAAUCCGAAACACCACUCCCCACGUGCUGAUGUUAGACCUGUGUGGGAACCUCUUGUGCUGCUGGGACGAUGUGAUGGCCGUCACGGAGCAGAUGGAGGAACUCAAAGAGCUUCAGCUCAGCCACAACAGACUGCGUGUGCCCUCCAACCCUACGGUGCGACCCCGGGCCUUCUCCUGCCUCAGGGUCCUCUCCCUCACCAACUGUGCCCUCACGUGGCCUCAGCUGCUUGAGUGUGCCCCCAUGUGGCCACUGCUGGAAGAGCUCUACGUCUCUGAGAAUGACAUCACUGAACUACAGAAGCCAAACAAUGUCUUACAGUCUUUGACAGUUUUGGAUCUCUCAACAAACCCUUUGGUUGAUGGAACCGUACUGAGUAUUGGCGAACUGCCUAGACUGGAGAAUCUAAAUAUGUCUAAGACUGGUUUGUCAACCUUGCGGUUUGAGGACGCACUGCCUGGUUGCAAAACAGCUAUGUUUCCUGCCCUGAAAACUCUGUCAGUUAACAGCAACAACAUUUCAGAGUGGUCGGUAAUAAACGAGCUAGAGAAGCUGCAGAGCCUGGUCCGGUUGUCGUGUCGGCAGAACCCCCUGCUGAGCCAGGAAAGGAACCCCGGCACGGCCAUGCAGCUGCUUAUUGCCAGGGUGGGCCGGCUGGAGGCCCUCAACAGGUGGACGGUCCUGCCUGAGGACAGGAGGGGGGCGGAGCUGGACUACUGCAAGAUGUUCGGGCUAGAGUGGCUGGCAUCCGGGGGACACCGAGACCCCCAGCAGAACCGCCCCAGUGCUGAAUUCACCGCACAGCACCCCCGCUAUCAGAGUCUCAUACAGAAAUACGGAGCUCCAGAAGACAGCGAACUGAAGAAGCAGGAGCCAUUUGCACUGAAAAACCAGCUCUUAAGCAUAACAUUUGUUUGUCCAGAUGAGACGGACCGAAAAUCUGUGGUGAAGAAACUCCCAGAUUCCAUGAUCGUUCAGAAAGUGAAGGGGCUGCUCUACAGACUGCUAAAGAUACCGGGUGCUGAGUUGAAACUCUCCUACACUAGCUCAAAGAUGGAGGGCAAAGAGAUUGAGAUCGACAAUGACCUGAAACCGCUGCAGUUCUACUCCAUCGAAGACGGAGACAAGGUCCUUGUCCGCUGGUUGUGAUCCGCAAAGGUCCGGAUUGGCUGCCUGAUGACUCAAACUGAGUUCUUCCAUGGCAUAACGUUUGGCCGGAGCAAGGAGUUUGGGUAGCCAGGCAACCGGAUUUGAAGUUUAAGCGAUAUUCCGAAAUCCACGAGGAAAAAUGUACAGCACUAAACCUUGGACGAAAACACAGCGCAGCUCCUAUUCAGCCAGAGGAGACCAAUCAAUGUAGGAGAAAGAAACACAGGGUCAUGUUCAUUUGGCACAAAAUGGAAGAUAACUGUCCAAAAAGGAGUAAAACAGGAAGGGAACAUCUGAACUUGUCCAAUAAGAGUUGUCCUAAUGAACACAACCCAAGUGUGAACAAUGUGUAUUUGUAUUUAUUAGGAUCGUAUCAACAGCUUACAUCAUAAAUAAAACAAUUCAUCAUCCAAUAAAUAAUUUUAAAAAAUGACUUUUAUUACUCUCACUCAAUGAGGCACCAGGCAAAAGAGAAUUAGAAGACAUUUAGUCCCUUGAGUGGUGGAUUUCCCAUCCCUGAGCUAUGGUAGCUGUCAUAGCUUGGCCUUUAGUGACUUAGCAGCAGUUAAGGUAUUCUUUACUUAACCUUUUAUUUAACUAGGCAAGUCAGUUAAGAACUAUUUCUUAUUUACAAUGACGGCCUACCAAAAGGCUUCCUGCGGGGACGGGGCCUGGGAUUAAAAAUAUUUAAAAAAAUACUAUAAAUGUUGGACAAAACACAUCACAACAAGAGAGACAACACUACAUAAAGAGAGACCUAAGAUGACAACAUACCAACACUGCAUGGUAGUAACACAACAUAACAACAUGGUAGCAACACAACAUGGUACAAACAUUAUUGGGCACAGACAACAGCACAAAGGGCAAGAAGGUAGAGACAACAAUACAUCAUGCAAAGCAGCCACAACUGUCAGUAAGAGUGUCCGUGAUUGAGGCUUUGAAUGAAGAGAUUGAGAUUAGGCUGUCCAGUAUCAUCAUGUGGUGUCAAAUUAACCUAAAACUUUCAAUCAAAUAUAGCUCUGAAUAUGUGGUCGAUAGGCUGUUGGUCGACCAAUAUGUUUAGUUGUAGCAAAUAGAUUUUUUUCAUGCCACAUGAGACACCUGUGUGAUUUGCGCCUGUCUCAGUGUACUAAUCCAUUGAGGAGGCCACAGGGAUGCCACGGUCCAAGAAGAAAAGGAGCGUGGCUAAGAUGCACAAGGCACAUCUCUCUCUAGAAUGCGCUCUCCAAACAUUUUGUGCACAUUCACUGUUUCAUAACUUCAUUGUGUUAAUUGUUUGCCCUUUGAUGUUAGUGUUUAUCAAUUCCCCAUUACAUGUCACCAGUAGUAGCCUACAUUUACUGUUAAUUCCCAUCAUUUCUAAUCUACAAUGUUUCUUUGGUUACUGUAAUUUCUGCUAAUGCAUUCAAUAUAUUCUUUUUUAUAGUCAUUUACCAUUCUCUUUGUCGGAGUGGACACAUUGUUUGCAGAGCUCACAACCUGUAUGACACUUGUAAGAAACACGUUUUGGUUUAUUUCAUUCCA